AUGUGGCUUGUAAGAUUCGCAUACGGAGUAUCUGGAUCGUAGUUGUUGCUAAUUGGCUAAUUAUCAUGACAGGUAGGCGGUGUGACUUUUAUAUAGACCUUUGAAGCUUGUUUACCGCAUCUACCUAGGUACCUUUGGAAGAUAAGUGCAGUAAUAUCGGUGCCUGGUGGCGCCAAAUCCCACUGACCCCAUCGCUCGGUAGAUGAGUGGUGGGCUCGGAUUCUAGUGUAGGCUGGAUUUACCGAACGCGAUCGCGAUUAGGAAGGCUUGAUUUGUAAAGUGAAUGAGUUCAGGAGAGACUACAUAUUUACGCAGGAAUACUUACAAUUAAGGUUCGAAGAGCCGUGAGACAGGAGAGGAAAGGGAGAUUUCGAACCCCUGAGAAAAGGAGUGAGUGUUGCAUGGCUUCGGUCUGACAUUCAAGGUUCAGUUGACAAGACGACAUGACAAGACAGCAGCAUGAGAAAUACUCAUUUCCCACCAGGGCUUUCAAUUGUGCAUCAAUUUGUCAUUUUUCCUUUUCUUUUCUUUUCUUUCUCUUGUUUUUUUUAUAUCGAUGCCUAGGAGGGAUCUUCAUCACUGCCUGCCUAGGUACAUUACCCACAGGGCUGGUUGCGGGAGCUAUUUGCAUUUGUCAACCAAUUGCAACAGUCUUACCCCAGCGAAACCCAAACCGGGGAGCUGAAGCAUCAUGUAUCAUGGCGACAUGAUUGGCCGGAGUUAUUGGAAGAAGUGCUUUGUCAACGAAGGAGCAUCGACCUCGCGAAAUUCCAUCAGCCCUACCAACAACGACACGCUUCCAUGGAAACAACCAUUACACGUUCUUUUUUAUCGAAUUAUUCCAUGUGGAAGGAAGGAAGCCAUUCCUCUCCAUGCCAAGAAGCAUUGCUAACGAUAUCACCGCUAGGGCAGGGGUAAGGCUGAGUCUGAGUCUGGUUUCAAUGGCUAUACCGCCCUAGGUACCUAGAUCGAGAUUAUAGAUCUGGUUAUUAAGGAUUGGUUAUUGUGAAUGAAUGGUGGAGCGAGGACUGAGUUCUAGAAAGAAGCUAGAACUCGACAAGCUUUCUAGUUGAAUACUUUAAGUACCACCUGGGUAUGCGACGAUGAAUAUAUUUAACAGAGCCUCUUUCCUGGACACCUCUUAGCAAUGGGUUCCUUUUAGCCUACGGACAAGCUUUCUCGUCUCAUUCUCGCAUUCAUCAUCUACCUCUACCUUAACCUCAGUUUUCCUCACCCAUCCCAUCCCAUCCCAUCCCAUCCCAUCCC